CUCAUGCUUAUAUACGUACACACAUACACGCUAGUAGAUGAAUCAGAGCAAGAAGACCAUCAGAGCAAUCGUGAACAAUGGCUGUUGAACUUAUGGAGACUCUGAAAGAAGCUAUAACCGCCUACACCGGACUCUCUCCCACUACUUUCUUCACUGUUCUCGCCGCCGGUGUCACCGUCUACUACAUCGUUUCCGUUCUAUUCAUGAGAGGCUCCUCCGAUCACCAUCAACAACACAGCCCAACGUCUUCCGAAGAAGACAGAUCCACGGCAUUUUCUUCGUCCGCUUCUCACUCAAUUUCUGCCUCUAGUUCUCAAUCAUGGAAUCAUGAUGUAUUUCUGAGCUUUCGGGGAGAAGACACCCGUAAGAGCUUUGUGGAUCAUCUCUACACGGCUCUUGAACAACGAGGAAUCUACACGUACAAGGAUGACGAAACACUUGCUCGGGGUGAGUCAAUCGGUCCAGCCCUGUUGAAGGCUAUCCAAGAAUCACGGAUAGCCGCCAUUGUAUUCUCUAAAAACUAUGCGGAUUCAUCUUGGUGCUUAGAUGAGCUUGCACAUAUUAUGGAGUGCAUGGACACGAGAGGGCAAAUCGUGAUGCCCAUAUUCUAUCACGUAGAUCCCUCUGAUGUGAGAAAACAAAAAGGGCAAUAUGGAGAAGCAUUUACAAAACAUGAGAAGGAAAAUAAGCACAAAGUCGAAUCAUGGAGAAAAGCUCUGGAAAAGGCAGGCAAACUUUCUGGAUGGGUCAUCAUUGACAUUGAAAACAGUCACGAAGCAAAAUGCAUCAAAGAAAUUGUUGGUACAAUUUCUAGUAGGCUACCUACACCAAGUACAAAUGUCAAUAAAGACCUCAUUGGAAUAGAGACACGCUUACAGGAUCUGAAAUCAAAGUUGAAAAUGGAGUUAGGUGGUGUACGCAUUAUUGGAAUAUGGGGAGUUGGGGGUGGUGGUAAGACCACUCUCGCAUCUGCUGCUUAUGCGGAAAUCUCUCACCGGUUUGAAGCUCAUUGCCUUCUUGAAAAUAUUCGUGAAGAAUCAAGAAAGCAUGGUUUGACAAAGUUGCAAGAAAAAUUUCUCUCACUUGUUUUGAAAGCAGAUGUGAAGGUAGGGAGUGAGAUAGAAGGAAGAAGCAUGAUAGAAAGAAGGUUACGUAAUAAAAACGUAUUAGUUGUUCUUGACGAUGUUGAUGACCUUAAGCAACUAGAGGCUCUAGCCGGAUCACAUGCUUGGUUUGGUAAGGGGAGCAGGAUAAUAAUUACAACGAGGGAUGAGCAUUUGCUAACCCGCCAUGCAGACAUGAUAUAUGAAGUGAGUUUGUUAUCAGAUGACGAGGCGAUGGAGCUCUUCAACAAACAUGCAUAUCGGGAAGAUGAACCUAUAGAAGAUUACGAGAUGCUUUCAAAAGAUGUAGUUUCUUAUGCUGACGGGCUCCCAUUAGCCCUUGAAAUCCUAGGUUCUUUUCUAUAUGACAAAAACAAGGAUGAGUGGAAGAGUGCAUUGGCCAAGUUAAAAUGCAUCCCAAAUGUUAAAGUCGCCGAAAGACUCAAAAUAAGUUAUGAUGGACUAAGUUAUGAUGGACUUGAACCCGACCAUCAAAAAUUAUUCUUAGAUAUUGCUUGUUUUUGGAGGAGAGAAAAGAUGGAUGAGGCAAUGAAGGUGCUUGAUGCUUGUAAUUUACACCCUUGUAUAGGGGUGAAGGUGUUGAUUCAAAAGUCUCUCAUAAAAGUUGAUUCAUAUGGAAGAUUUGAUAUGCAUGACUUUGUAGAAGAAAUGGCUCACUACAUUGUUAGAGGGGCACACCCUAAUCAUCCUGAAAAACAUAGCAGAAUUUGGAAGAGGGAAGAUAUAGCAUACCUCUGUGAUAUCGGGGCAGAUGCAGUGCCAAUGGUUAAAUUAACUUUGCAAUAAAAUAUUUCAUAUA